AUGAAAGCUCGACUGUCGUCCGAGAUGCUGAGCCCGCUAUGGGCGCAGCUCGAACGCGCUCUCUCGUUGAUCCGGCACCGACCCGUCUGGUCAUCACUAGCACUCGCCGUCCUGAUUCCACUGACGCUUGCGUUGGCGGUGGCCGCCUUGAUGUUCGGCACGGCGUUCUACCGCUACCUCAAGCUGGACGUGCUUCGCAUCGAUCCGUACUCGCACUUCCCCACACCCGGCAAGACGGAUCGGUGGCGCUUUGUCACCGGCAACCUGGGCUUUAUCCGGCGUCAUCCUCCGUCCGAGGGGCAUCUCGAGUUCGCACGCCGGCUCAAGACCAAAGUCUACACGUACCGCGGCAUCUUCUACUCGCCACUCGUGUUCAUCGCCGACCCGCGCGCCAUGCUGCACAUCUUCAGCGCGGCCAACUCGUACAACUUUGAAAAGCCGUACAUCACGCGGCUGGUGCUGCGCAACUUUCUCGGCGAGGGCGUCCUCGUCGUCGAGGGCGACAUCCACAAGCGCCAGCGAAAGAUCAUCCAGCCCGCGUUUAGUGUCGGCGCCAUCCGCGAGCUCAAUCCCAUCUUUAUGCGCUAUUCGCGCGAUCUGGCCGAUAAGAUCGGCGACAUGAUCGACCGCUCCGCCGCCGCCACUCCGGGCAAGAAGGGGGAGGGUGCAGACGGGAUCAACUCGCCGUUUGUUGCGCAACCACCCAAGUCGCUCGAGGUGAGCAGGCCCGGUGCACCCGUGCUGGACGUCUCGUGGUGGACCACGCGAGCGGCGCUGGAUAUCAUUGGCGAUGCUGGUUUCGGCUACCACUUUGACAGUCUCAAGAUCGAUGUGGAUCCAUCCGUGGUCGAGGAGCGUGCAGGCGACGUGUUGGGCAACGCGUUCAAUACGCUCUUCAAGCUGACGCUCAGUGUGAAUCUGACGCGAUUCCUGCAGCUGUAUCUAUCGCGCUAUCGCUUGCUGCGAUGGAUCGAACGCAUUCCGAACGAGCGCAAGCGCAUGACCCAAGACGCCUACGCCAAGCUCGAGGACGUAUCUAUGCAGAUCGUCGAGCGCAAGAAACGUCAGAUCCGAGGCGAGAUGGCUGCCGAACUCGCUGCGCGCGGCACGGCCACCAGCGGAUUGACCAAGGCGGAUUUCGACGAAAAGGCCGCCGAUGGUGUGGGUGUGGCUCCGGGCAUGGAUCUGCUGCAUCUCAUGAUGCGCGCCAACAUGGCCGCUGACGUCAACACCAAAGAAAAGCUGGAUGACAAGGAGUUGAUCGGUCAAAUUACUACGCUGCUGAUUGCCGGACACGAGACGACGUCCAACCAAACCGCUUGGACACUCUGGCUGCUUGCGGGAAAGCCCGAGCUGCAGCAAAAGUUGCGCGACGAGAUCCACGAGCACUUUGGUCGCGACAUGGACCACGAGAUCGGGUACGACGAGUUGAUGGGCAUGGAUUAUCUCGAUGCCGUUUGCAAGGAGUCAUUCCGGGUCAAAUCAGCAGUCCCUAGCACGGUUCGCGUAUCCAAAGCCGAUUGCGACAUUCCACUCUCUCGUCCCUACCCCACCCGCGAUGGGAAAGCAACCCUAACUUCGAUUCACAUCCCCAAGGGUCGGGACAUCUUUAUCCCCAUCCAGGCGAUCAAUGUGGAUACCGACAUCUGGGGUCCCGAUGCGGCCGACUUUGUCCCCGAGCGAUGGAUCAACCUGCGUGACGAGGCCAAACACAACGGUCUACCCAUGCAUCUCAUGACGUUCAUCUCCGGACCGCGCGGAUGCAUCGGUAACCGCUUCGCACUCGCCGAGUUCAAGGCCAUGCUUUGCCACCUCGUCGGCCGAUUCCACUUCGACCAGGUCGACGGCUGGCAGGUCGAGGCCAAACAAACCGCCGUCAUCCGCUCGCGCGUCGUAGGCCAGGAGGACUACGGCCCGCAAAUGCCCCUGCGCGUAUCCCGCAUCGCCCCACCAACUUCAUGA